AAAUUAUUCAGCCUUAAAUAGUAAUACCUAAUAAGACCGGUCGUUCACCAACUGUAAUUGAAAAUUGGUUGAAGCAUGUCUAAACAUGCAAGCAUGACUACUACAAGCUCAUCUUCACUGAAUAAGAGUAGUAAUUCAUGGAAAUCACAUCGAAAGAAAUAUCAGCCCCACUUUCAGAAACAACCUCAACCACAAUUACCACCAAUUGAAUCAUUCUUUUUAGAUAAUAUUGUUAAUAACGAAUUAAAGGAUGAAUCUCAACAAGUAGUAGAUCAAUUAUUGAAUGUUACUAAGAAUUAUAAGUCGGAUCUUCGACAAGAGUUUGAACGGAAACUUUAUUACGAAAGAAAAAUCCAAGAUAAGAAUACUGAUAUUGCUAAAUUAGCUAAUUCCGUUAGAAAAUCUUUAGUACAUAAACAAAAACGAUUACUUAAGACUAUUUCUAGUACAUCCAAUUCCAAUGGAAUCAUAUCAGGUGAUGAUAAUCAUUUUAGUAGUGUUAUGGAAUCAGAAGUUGAUCAAUUAUUAAAAUUAUCUAUAAAUAAUUCUCGUCAAAUUAAAAAAUUAGCAUCAAGAUUAGCUGCAAUAGAUAAUAAAGUAAGUAAUAAAAAGGAAAUUAUUACUAAUCCAAUAUCUACUAGAAGAAAUGAUUAUCCAUUAGUUCAUAAAUUACUUGCUGAACCUCGUCAUUAUAUUGCUAAUGAAGAUUCAGUGAUUAUUGAAGACUAUACCAAUAACAUCAGUUUUAAUGAGAAUUAUCUCGAUACUCAUCAUGACAAAUAUAGUGAUGACUCUGUUUCCAAAUCAUCUGUCAAAUCUUCUGAAAAUGCUUCACUAAUGAAUAUAACCAAAGAUGCAGUACUACCAGUACAAAAUCCUAUAACCAAAGACUCAGUAGUAGACCCUAUAACGACCCCUACUAAACCAAAAAUCCAACUUAUCAAAGGUCCCAGUCCUUCUCCAGAUCAUCCACCACCACAUGAAAUAAACCCUGAUGAAUUUGAAUUAUUUGUAUCGUCAUCCAUAUCAAAAUAUCGAGAGAAACAAAGCAAGAAAUACCUCGACAGUGACCCAUUUCUGAAUCCUGAAAAUGGGACUAACCUGAGUUCCACAGACACAGCUAAUAAUGAUAAGGAUUUUGCUCCUUAUCAUGUGGUUAAUAAUCCAAUCCAUCUAUUAUAUUCUACCUUAAUAUCAAAUCCCAAGUAUGUGGAAAACUCUCCAAUUCAAGAAACUGGAAAUCCAUUCUCAUCUAUACUUAGUGUCAAAUCUCCUGCUACCAUAAAACUGACACUACAAACAUCACAUUUCAAAAAGCUCCGAAUCAAUGGGUCUCCCAUAACCUCAGAAACAUUUAAGAAGAAACAAGAAAAGGAGUUAGAACAGGGACAAACUCUCGCAAAACAACAUAAUGCUUUAGCAGAAUCAUUGUUGGAUACGUUAAGACUUGGAAGUGAUGAAGAAUUCUGGAAUUCGUCUGGUUUAGUUACGGAGACUGAGACAGAAACUGAAACUGAAACUGAAGAAGAUUCUAGAAAAGCAAAUAGUAAUGGAGAUGGACAUGGACAUGCAGAUGGAGAUGCAGAUGAUGCAGAUGAUGCAGAUGAUGACGAUGAAGAUGACGAAGAAGAUAAGGAAGAUUUGAAGAGAAUUCGUCGUGCACUUACUAUGCUGAUAUCAUCUGAAUCGUCUGAUACAGACUCAUCAGAGGAAGAAUCCAACAAUGGUACAAGUAUAUCUAGUACCAAUAAGUAUUACAAUAAUCUUAAAACAGAUUUGAUUCAAAAGAAUACUAAAGUAAGUAAAACAUCUAAAAAGUCCAGUAAAUCAAGAAGGAGAAACAGAUUCGAAUACUAUAAUAAGGAGUCAUCACCUACUCCCAAACAUAAACCUUCACAUCAUAUAUUAAAGCCUAAGCGAUCUAUUUUGAAGCUGCAGACUCCUAAAUUACAACCAAAGUCAAGCACCCUUGUUACAUCAUCGACUCUGGUUGAAGAAGAACCGAUAGAACCAAACCCAAUAAAUGAGUAUGAUAAUCGAAAUGCCUUAGCCUCCAUAAAUAAUGCAUUUGAUUCAAAGAUAAGAAAUUCUGUUAGUCAAACCAUUGCUAAGGGAUUAAUACUUAGUAUAUCUGAAAUAAAUACUCAUGAACAUAAUACUGAUAAUGAAGAAGAAUAUGAUGAAUAUGAUACUACUACUAAUGAUAAUAAUGACCAUGAUAUGAUUGAUACUACAAGUACAACUACAACUAUAAAUUCCAUAACAAAACUUAAAACCCUUAUACUGUAAUUAUUAUUAUAUAUUAGACAUUAAUAUAGGAUGAAACAUAACUCUAGAUACAGAGAAAAAAAAAAGAAAAGAAAAUAAAAUAAAAUAAAAGCAAUGCA